AUGGUUAACUCUCCAUUACCGACCGACCUUGCUGGUGAAUGCCGAAAAGCUGCAAAAAUUUUAAACAGUUUCAUAGACCCUGUCGUGGCGAAGGGACCAGACAAGGUUAUUCCUCCCAACAUCCUGCAAAAAGCUAAGGGAUUUGCUAUAUUUACAGUCAUUAAAGCCGGUUUCUUGUUUUCCGGUCGAGCUGGCUCAGGAUUGGUGGUUGCAAGACUCGAAGACGGAUCAUGGUCUGCACCUUCUGCGAUCGGUACUGGUGGCAUGGGUUUUGGCGGUCAGAUCGGAGCUGAAGUUACCGACUUUGUAAUUGUCCUAAAUAGCCGCGAUUCUGUGAAAUCAUUUAUGCAUGGGGGAAAUUUGACAUUAGGUGGCAACUUGUCAGUUGCUGCUGGUCCAAUUGGAAGAAAUGCUGAAGGAGCAGGUUCAGUUUCCGUAGGACAUGUUGCCGCUAUAUUUUCUUAUAGCAAAACAAGAGGUCUUUUUGCAGGUGUAUCGAUCGAAGGUUCAGUAAUAAUUGAGCGCAAAGAUGCAAACGCCAAGUUUUAUCACCGAAAAGUUUCCGCCAAGGAGCUACUCUCUGGACAAAUCGCCCCACCAGCUCAAGCUGAUAUUCUCUAUCGCGCCCUCACUGCUCGCGCAGCGCGUUCAAAUGCAGAAAAUUCAAACGGCAAUAGUUUUACUCAUACAAUUCACAAUCCUCGCUUAGAAUCUGGACGAAGUAAUAUUCGACACAGCCAACCUCCUCCAUACACUCCUGGAGCCUAUCAGGCAGAUGAAAAGCAAACUUAUGUAGGCAGGAGCAAUAGCCUUGGUAAGCCGGCGUUGGCGCCCAAGCCAAAGAUGCCCCAACCGGCUCCACAGUUAGUGGCGGUAGCAUUGUAUGAUUUUGCUGGUGAGCAAAGCGGGGAUUUGAGUUUUCGAAAAGAUGAUAUUAUCACUAUAAUAAAGAAAUCCGGGAGCACGAAUGACUGGUGGACGGGAAAGCUCAACGGGCAGGAAGGGAUUUUUCCUGCUAAUUAUGUCUCUAUUAUUUAA